AUGGGAGAGACGUGGCACUGCCUGGUGGUGGUGGUGGUGAGUGAUGACCCAGCUUUCCUCGCCGCCUUCGCUCACCUGUCACUCAGACGUCAGGCCCUCAGAUGGUCCACGAGGAUCCUUGUCCUCACUCGCCUCCCUCUCAACCACCUUGGCGGCCUGCACGGCCUUCUCUCCAACAGGAACGCCAUGCUGCUGCACGUACAGAAGGGCAAGGAGGAUGUCAGUAAAGUGAACGUGCUGGUGUGGCAGCCGUACAGCGCCCCCGCCAGCAGGCCCCUGAGGGUGGCCACUUGGACGCCUCACGGGAGGCUGACUCUCGCCUCCCACGUGUCGCUCUUCCCCGAUAAGUUCUCUGUGUUCACGACUCCGCCGACACUCACCGUGGCGGUGGAGUUCCUGCCCUACCACACACUGACGUGGGUGGACGACCCGCAAGAGCCUGGCGGACGCCGCCUGCUCCUCACGGGGUUCUUGAACAAUUUUGUAACGUACUUCGCCAAGGCGAUGAACUUCAAGUACGUGUUGUCUCCUGAGAGAACCUUCGGCACCAAGCUGCCCAAUGGCUCCUGGACCGGCAUGAUGGGCAUGGUAGUGCGGGAGGUGAGCCGAUGGUCGUUGUUUGCAGCAUACCAAGAGCUCUCGAUCUGUCUCAACAGGAAGUAUUUAUUGGCUCUUGUUAAUGCACAAACGAUUAGCACGACAGAACAUAAACAUACUUUGAUUGUACACAGCACUCCAUCAUUGUUCACCUGUGUGUUUACUUUGCAGGAGGCAGACUUCUCACCGGCACCAUUCGCACUAAAUCCUGCACGGAACGAGGCGGUGGACCCCUCAGCAGUGUAUGGCAUUGUAGAAGUGAGGAUACUGAGCGGCCUGACGGGACUCAAGAUUGACCCGUGGGGCUUCCUGCUGCCCCUCACGCCCCUGGUGUGGGCAGUCACCCUUGCGGCGCUGCUGGGGGUGCUCUUCGUCCUGCAUUUGUUUCCAACCUGCCUGCCCUGCAGGUCGCUCCUCCGAGGCGGCUGGUCCGCCAACACCUUUAGCCCUGUGCGCGUCCUCCUUCAGCAAGGUGAGGCCUCGGGGACCGUGCUGGACCCUUCCUGUUGGGUGCUGCCUUGUGUCUUGAUGGUUUCCGUGCUCUCAGGGAGCAGCAGUCGUGCCAUAAUGAAGACUAACUCUGCCUCACUCACUCCCAACGCAGACGUGGUGUGGCCCGCGGAGUGGUGGUGGUGGGAGCGUCUGGUGCUGGGGCUGUGGAUGCUGAUGACGCUGGUGCUGACGAAGAGUUAUGCAGGGAACCUCGUAUCCCUUUUGGCAGUGAGAUACGUUCCUCAGCCCUUCCAGACUCUGCAGGACAUUGUUGACAACGACCGCGUGGCCGUAAUAGCUCAGAAACAUUCGACUUUCGAGCAGUCACUCAGGGAGGUCAAAUUUGGAGUGUUCCGCGAGGUUGCUAAGCUAGAGGACAAAGGUCGCCUCAGCUUUCUCACACAGUCCCAGCUGCUGGAGAGCCUGGACUCCCUGGUGAGGGCCGGCCACCACGUCCUCGUGGACCUCGACGUCAACCACAGGCGACGCUUGUCUCUGGACUUCUCUCGGAACGGUACUACUCUGUGAUACGUAUUUGGGGCACACGUGGGUGACAUGUUGUAGAU